AUGGGCAACGUCAGCAGCAGGCCCGACGACGGCGCCGCCCUCUUCCUCAGGGACCAGAGUCGAUUGACCAUCUCGUCUCUCGUCGUCACGAACCCGCGGAAGCGCAGCUCUCUCAACAUAGUUUCCAAUGCAUUCCCAGCAAGCAGACUAUCCGUCUCCCGGCCCGUCGGCGAUGCUGCCCCCAUAGAAUACGUCCAGGACCCCGAGCCGUCUACCUCGACCCCGGCCUUCCUCCUCAAGCUGAGCAACGAUGACGAGCUCAUCUUCACCUUUACCUUUGUCAUGCGCCAGUCGCAGCAGGCUCUUGCAGCCAACGCGACGGCCGCAGACACCACCCCCGUACCCAUAGACACAAACAUCUCAGGUCUCACCUACGUCUGCGCCUCCACCACGCGCGAAGUCGAGAAUCUUGUCACGCGAGAAUUCCAUGCCGACCCCAACCUUCAUAAAAAUGCAAACGUGGACCUGGUAGGUGACUACACCACAAACGGCAGCUCCUCGGUAUCCUUUGAGUGGACGUGGAAGUGGAGGCCCCCAAAGGCUUCGGAAGACCGAUGGGGCGGCUGGAGAAACUCUUGCAGUUUUGUUGAGUACGACUCGCGAGGACACCGUCUUAUCGCCCUCGCCAGCUUUUCCUACUGGGUUUCAAGCGCAAGCUCGGCUCUGAGCCACCCCGGCUCGCCGUCGCCGCCCUUCCUCCUGGCAGCGCCCCCCAAAAUCCGCGUUGCCUCAUCACAGUCCGUCGACUCUCGACUCACUGGUGGCGUCGAUGUCGACGAACCAGUCUCUCCACUUCUGCCCCCGAACGACACCAUCGGAAUUGCAGUGUCACCGCUGGGCAAAGAACCCGUGAGGGUGGAUGUUACCUGUCCCAGACCUGGCGACGAUGUCACGGUCAGCGACGACGGACCCGUUUUCCGCGCAACUCUCAAAGCCCUGGAGCAGAAAACAGGCAACAUGCGCACACAGAUGAAGAAGGUUUUGAAACGAGCGGAACAGGCUCACCUGGCUCAGAUCGAAGCCAACGAUGCAUUUGUUGCCUUCAUGGAAGCCCUGCGCGAGGCUUCCGCGACAAACGCCAACGCUGUACAGCCGGCCCUGGAACAUUACUUUGACAAGAUUGCCCGUGAAGUCCUAACCUACGAGCGACAAAACACUGUCAACCUACAGAAGAUCAUCAUUGAACCCAUCAACAAGCUCUACCAGUUCGACAUCAAACAGGCCGAGUCCAAGAAGCGAGACUUCGAGGAAGAGAGCAAAGACUACUACGCCUACGUGUCGCGCUAUCUUGGUCAACGUCAAGACUCGGUCAAGGCUAAGAAGCUUGCCGAGAGCGACUCCAAGUACCAGAACAAGCGGCGCAACUUUGAGCUCAAGAGAUUUGACUAUUCUAGUUUCAUGCAGGACCUCCAUGGCGGUCGCAAAGACCAGGAGGUCCUUUCCCACCUGACCAAAUACGCUGAUGCGCAAACAAAGGGCUUCCUCGCCACUGCCAAGAAGAUUGAAGGAUUCCUACCACAGCUCGAGGCCCUCUCAAGCGAAGUCCAGGACGCCGACAAAGAAUAUCAGUAUCGUCGCCGCGAACGCGAAGAGAAGAGGCGCGUCUUGGAGAAGAGCAAUACGCCCUACAUGGAGCCCGAGCAAGCGAGCAUCGGCAGCUCGAUCCCCAUUGUUUCGCCGGCGAAUGGGAAUGCCGGCAACGUCUCUGAUUCGGAGCUCGGUCGCGCGGACAGUACGGGAUCCCAAGUUAAGAACGCCAUCGCGAUUGGGAGUGGCCAGGCGAAUGUCGGCCAUGGCGUGGAGCUCUCGAGGUCUCCCGGUAGCUUGGCACAGCCUGCCGUCGGCAGCCCUGUACAAGCGUCCAAGUUCAAGGGAAUUCGCGACCUGGAGGAGCGAGAUGCGGCACAAGCGGCCGUUACCCAACGAAAAGAAGGUCUGCUCUGGGCGCUCAACAGGCCGGGUGGGCACGUGGACCCGCGCACAUUGAACAAGCAAGGCUGGCAUAAGUUCUGGAUUGUCCUGGAUCAAGGUAAGCUGUCAGAAUACAGCAACUGGAAACAGAGGCUCGAUCUUCACAUGGACCCCAUCGACCUUCGAAUGGCGUCGGUUCGCGAGGCGCGCAACGCUGAGCGGAGGUUCUGCUUCGAAGUCAUCACGCCAAGCUUCAAGCGCGUGUAUCAGGCGACGUCAGAGGAAGAUAUGAACAGCUGGAUCGUUUCGAUAAACAAUGCAUUGCAAAGCGCCAUGGAGGGGAGACCGGUGCAAGAAAAGGUUGGCUCUGGCAAGAGUUCCGGAGAAUCGUCCGUCAAGCGAGACAUCGGCUCCAUCCUAACAGGCAAAACGCAGUCACUCAGCCACGGCGCCCACCACCCGCAUCAUCACUCCAGCGCCGGAAGCGGUCUGCCAUUGCGGCGAAUCACGGUCGGGGCGAGACCGACCAUGGUGCGGACGCCCAGCUCGGGGUACGACGAAAAGCCCGACAAAUUGCUGCAAAUGGUUCGGGACGCCGACCAGGGGAACUAUUGGUGCGCCGACUGCGGGUCCGGAUCCAAGGUCGAAUGGGUGUCCAUCAACCUGGGCAUCGUGCUCUGCAUCGAGUGCAGCGGCAUUCAUCGCUCGCUGGGCACGCAUAUCAGCAAAGUGCGGUCGCUCACGCUGGACAUCAAGUCCUUUACCAUCGAUAUCGUCGAAGUGCUUCUGCUCAUCGGAAACCGGGUUUCCAACAUGGUCUGGGAGGCCAAGGUCGAAUUGCCAAACAAGCCGAGUGCACAGGCGACGCGCGAGCAGCGACUCCGAUUCAUCACUGCCAAGUAUGUGGAGAGAGCAUUCGUCGAACCCAUCUCGUCGACCCUGUCGCGAUAUGCUACGGCCGACGAGACGUUGCUGGCCGCCAUUAAGAAGAACGAGAUUCAGCAAGUGUUGUACGCCUUGGCACUGAGAGCGAAUCCCAACGUGGUGGACAAGAUGAGAGGGACACACCCCGUCUGGCUUGCGCUGGCGGCGGCGGAUCCAGCCUCGCCGUCGCCGACGCCAAGCGUGAGCGCGUCGGACCCAGAGGCGAAGGCAGUGCCGUUUCCCGUGGCCGAGCUUCUGAUACAGAACGGGGCCGAGAUCCCGGCAUCGCUGCCGGCGUUCCCGCUAGGGCGCUUUGCGCAGCAAUACUACGAGCAAAAACUCGGCAGAAGCAAUGUGAGCUCGAGCGACGGACUACCGCCGCUGCCCCCCAACAACGAGAAGCUGCAGCGCGAAAGAGAAACGCGGCUGCAGAAGCGAGUGAGCGCAGGUGGAAGGCUGGCAAAGUCGCCGAUCCCCGAGAAGUAG